AUGUCCAAGCUCAAAUGGAUUCUCGACAAGGCGACUGUGGCCAGCGAGCCCGGCUUGUCCAAUGCCCAGCUGAUGUUGACGAACGAGGAUUUACGGCCAGUCGAACCUGCCCGCCGCCAAUGGAGAUGGCUGAACUAUGUCGCAUUCUGGAUUGCAGACUCGCUGAAUAUUAACACAUGGAUGAUCUCGUCCUCCAUGAUUGUCGACGGCCUCUCCUGGUGGCAGUCAUGGCUCUGCGUCUGGAUUGGAUAUUUCAUUGCAGCUGCCUUCGUUUGUCUCACCGGUCGCAUUGGUGCCGUCUAUCAUAUCUCCUUUCCCGUCACCGUUCGAGCAUCGUUUGGAAUUUGGGGAUCGUUCUGGCCAGUGAUCAAUCGGGUGGUCAUGGCCAUUAUCUGGUACGGCGUGCAGAGUUACAUUGGAGGCGAGUGUGUGACUUUGAUGAUCGAGGCUAUCUGGCCUAGUUACAAGCACCUGCACAAUGGGCUCUCUGCCAGCGCGGGCGUGGAUACCAAGGGCUUCCUCAGCUUCUUCUUGUUCUGGCUUCUCUCCCUCCCGGCCCUCUGGUUCCCCGUCCACAAGGUGCGACACCUGUUUACCGUCAAGGCGAUCUACUCGCCCAUUGCCGCCAUCGCCUUCUUCGCCUGGGCGAUCUCACGAGCUCACGGCAUUGGCCCAAUCAUCCACCAGGGCAACACCAUCCACGGCAGCACCCUAGGCUGGGCUUUCGUGAAGGGAGUCAUGAGUUGCAUUGGUAACUUUGCCGCUCUCAUUAUGAACGACCCGGACUUUUCGCGGUUUGCCCGGUCGCCCAAGGACGCGCUGUGGUCCCAGCUAUUCACCAUCCCGAUUGGCUUUGGCGUUACUUCCUUCAUUGGCAUUAUAGUGUCCUCGUCUUCGGCGGUCAUCUACAAGGGCGACCCAGUCUGGAACCCGCUGGACCUGCUGGGCAUGUUCCUGGACGGAGCCAGCUCGGGACAACGCUUUGGCAUUUUCAUCAUUGCGACCGGCUUCGCCCUUGCACAGCUGGGAACCAACAUUUCGGCAAACUCGGUCUCCGCCGGUACCGACUUGACUGCCCUGAUGCCCCGGUACUUGAACAUCCGCCGUGGCAGCUACAUUUGCGCUAUCAUCGGCCUGGCCAUGUGCCCGUGGAAUCUCGUGGUCUCAUCCAACCAAUUCACCACUUACCUGUCCGCCUACUCCCUCUUCCUCUCCGCCAUUGCCGGCGUCAUGAUCUGUGACUACUACAUUGUGCGCAAGGGCUAUCUUGACAUCAAAGCGCUGUACAGCGGACGCAAGACCGACAUCUACUAUUACAAUUUUGGAUUCUCCUGGCGCGCCUAUACCGCCUACAUCGCCGGGAUUCUGAUCAACAUCGUCGGCUUCGUUGGUGCAGUCGGGCACCAGGUCCCCGUCGGAGCACAGUACAUCUACAAUAUCAACUACUUCACCGGCGUGGUUGUCUCCGGCGGUAUGUACUGGAUUCUCACCCGCCUCUUCCCUGUGCCAGGGACCAGCGACCACUGGAACGAGGUCGAUAUUGAUGUCGACGAGUUCAGCGUGGCGGAUGGGCAACCAGUCAUUGACGAGGAGCACACCGGGUAUGGGUAUGACCGUCGCUCGAUUACGGACUCGCUGCCGGCAGAUGAUCAGAAGGAUGGCAUUAGUACAGCUGCCAAGAGGAUCUGA